CGGGGUUAGCGCGGUGUUAAGUUUGGUUGCGCGGAAACCAGCUGACAGUCAGUCAGUCACGUCAGUCAGUGCGGAGGGCAGCGGGUGCGCGAGAGCCGGGGCUCCGCUGACAGUUUGUUUUUAAACGGGAGUCGCGAGACGCCGCUUCCCCCUCCGGUAGCGGCAGCAGCUCAAGCCCCAAGAUGCCGUCAGAGAAAUCCUUCAAACAGAGGAGGACCUUCGAACAGAGAGUGGAAGAUGUCCAAGUUAUUCGUGAACAGCAUCCCAACAAAAUACCUGUUAUAAUUGAAAGGUACAAGGGAGAAAAGCAGCUGCCUGUGUUGGAUAAGACCAAAUUUCUUGUCCCUGACCACGUGAACAUGAGUGAGCUGAUCAAAAUCAUAAGGAGGCGCCUGCAGCUAAAUUCUAAUCAGGCCUUCUUUCUGUUGGUGAAUGGACACAGCAUGGUUAGUGUUUCUACACCCAUAUCUGAGGUUUAUGAGCGUGAGAAGGAUGAGGAUGGCUUCCUCUACAUGGUCUAUGCAUCACAGGAGACUUUUGGAAUGGACUCUGUACUGUAACCCUAAUCUGAUUUGGAAUACCUCCCUUCAAUGUCCCUGUAGUACCCUGUUAUAAUGCAUUGCAAAACAAAAGGCAGUUUACACAACUCAGCUGGGAAUGAGGAGUGGUGAUGCAUAGAAUUAUUUCAAUAUAAAAGUUAAUAAAGCAUAAUUACAGUCCUUUGCUUGUUAGGUUCUCAGAAAAUUAUGAGUACUGUAUUAUUGUAGAUGCUGUCUGCAGCAAUUUUAAGCCAAAUCCUAAUCGUGUCCAGAAGAUCAUCAGGUAUCUUAUUUUGGCCUCAAAGUGAAAUUUAAGUAACUUAAAAAAGGUAACGUUCACUGACAAAACAAUUCUGCUUUAAGAUUGAAGUUAUCAAGAAUUGUAUUUAAAGAUAGUACUUUUUUAAGCUCAACUUGAUUCACAUUUGAAGAAUGCCAGUAAAUGGCUGCUGCUUAAUAAAAUGGCUGUAUUUUUAAUUCAUCUAUCUCUCUUCUGCACAUGUUCACCUGAAUUCAAUAAUCACUCUUCGGCAUAAAUAUGGCUUUUGGGCUUAAACAACUACAGGGUGAGGUGUAUAGGGCGAGAUGAGCCAUUGCCUUUGUGGAUGAGCUGCUGGCAGGACAGAUAAGAAUAUUGGCAAGCAGGUUGGAGCAAUAGGUCAAUUGCACAAAUCCUGACCUUCACUUUUUGUUGAUAAGCAUUCUCUGAUAUGUAACUUGUACUUUAAUAUACCUUUCCACUAAUCCAAGCAACCUGACAAUUCUAAAAAUAUGCAGAUUCACUUGUGAACAACCAUUUGCAAAUUAAUUCCCAAUCAACUGUUGAGUCCCAUGCACCCAAUCUUCAAGCAUCUCCGCACUGGAUAGGAUUUAGUAACUACUGAGAAAUUAGAACUGAUUAUUUGUAAAUAAGCCCCUGCGUUCUAACCAUUACUACUUCUAGAACACGUGUUGUGAAGUUGUUAGCAAGCAUCAGAAUAAAGAAAAUGUUUUAAAGUAACUGUUUUAAAAAGUUGUUCAUAUAACCAAAGCCCUGAACUCUAUAGACAUAUCCAUUACAAAUCCUAAACCCCCAUGUACCUUUUGUGUAGGAGGUCCAUAUUUUCUGGAACCCUCUGCUUACUUUAGUGAAAUUAGAAAGUGAAAUUAAUUAUCCACACAUUUUAAUGUAGAUUGUUGUAAUUGUUCAGUUAUUCUCAAACCACUGCAUAUUCCAACUGGGGAAAUAAUUCACUGCUGCGUAUGGAUAUUUAUAUUUGACGAUAUAUCUGUAAAGUCAGUAUAUUAGAGGGGGCUUCAUGGCUUAAAUAAUUAACUGAACAUGAAAGUAAGAACCAAUUAAUCUUUCUGUUCUUCACCUUGCAUCUGCAUCUAAAGAUUUUCUUAGAUUUAUGGAGGUUAAGUACACUUUUAAACCAACUUUAUACUUUAAAAAGUUAAAGAACAUGUGUUGUGUGGUUUCCUGGAAGACCAGCAGGACAGGAGCUUUAAGGAUUAAAAAGCUGAAUAGUUAAACUGACUUGUUAGGCAAACUUCAAUUUGUUAUUGUGUUAAUAGUGGAUCCAGUCUUUUCCCGAUUUGCUACUCUUGCUGGAAGUGUCUAUACCAGAAGGGGUAAUAAGACAGAUAUAGCUACCUUAAGGUACUGCAUUGUAAGAGGUACAGGCACUAAGGUGGUAAAAGGGUGAACAACAUUACAGGUCACCCCUAAUGUUGUUGAUAAACUGUUGUACUUUUUUUAAGUUCUUGUAAAGUUGCUGGUACUGUCAGCAUUUAGUGGGAUAUCAGCUGCAUUCUGCCAUUCUUGAUAUAAUGCUGCAAGUGAUUAUUCAAACAGAAGCUUGUGCAGUACUACAUAUCAGAAAUAUCUACUGUUACUAGUGUACAUUCCAAAAUCAUCAGAAACGGAGCCAGUUUCAUAUCUAAACAAAUCCGUGGCAAGUAAAGCAAUGUAGUAAUAGAUUUGCAGUUUUAAGAUACUGAUGCCGGAUUUUUUUCAUAUUUCCUCAUUGACGGUCACUUGUGCUUUUUGCUCUGUUUGCUUACAGUAUUAAGUCACUAGAACAGAAUGCAACUAAAAGUCCACAUAUGUUCAGCAGUGCCUUUGAAUUACUUGGUCAUUUUAAUGUUUGCCAUUUACAUAAAUCCUGGAAAUAUUUUAAUGUAAUUUGAGAUCUUACUUUACUACUUUUAUGUAUAUUUUCAAGAGUACAUAAAACAGAUUUAUGUAUUUUGUAAAUGAGUACUGCAUUUUUUAAAUUGUAUUACUUUCAAUUUGUUGUCAACAAAACCUGAACUGACUAAUUGUAAAUAUACUGUAUAUGAUGCUAUGAUAGCGUUUUGAGUUGUGCCUGUAUGGAAAAGAUGCACUUGUCCUUUUCAAAUUAAAUGAUAUAAAGGUG